CAACAUUCGAAGUACACCUGCUUCUAUUUUUCACAACCUUUAUCAACAGGGUCCGAUUGCUUCAUAACCGUUUAGAGCAUCAUAUCCAAGGCCUACAUCCCUAGCUUUCUACAAAUAGCUAAUAUGUCUGAUAGCGAUGAUGAUCAACCCUUGGUCGUCCGGGCGAAGCCAAAGGCAGCUGCUGGUGCUCCGGCAGUAAAGCAGGAGGCGACCGCUGAUAAGCCGGUGUCAGUCAAACCGGAAGCAAAAGAGGACGGCGCAGCUGGCCCGAAGCCUGCAAAGGCGAAGGAUGCACAGCCGGACGUCAAGGUGAAGGAGGAGGACAAGAAGCCAGCUGCGGCAAAGCCAAAGCCAGCUGCCAAGGCUGAUGGCGCUGCCCAGAACGGCAAAGCAGCGGCAGGUGCAAAGAAAGUCAAGGAAGAAAACAAGCAGCCUAAAGAGAAGAAGGAAUUUGACAUGCCGGGUCAAACACGGGAGCCACCCCCCGAGACCGACUCCUUGCGGAAAUUCUACACGUCUCUCCUGGAGCAGCGGCCGGAUAGCGAAAUGGCCAAGAAGUGGUGCCUCACACACGGACUGUUGUCACGUGACUUGGCGGAGGAGCUUGUGGCGCAGCUGAAGAAGAGCAAACCGGCAGCGGGUGCAGCCAAGUCUCCAGCUAAGGCUCCACGGGCAGCCUCUGCAAAGCCGCGGCGACCAGCGGAGAAGGCCCCAGCGGCGAAGAAGCAAAGACAAGCCGUGUCCCCGCCCAAGAAGCGGCGAGCGCGCUACAGCGACGAGGAGGACGCGGCCAGCAGCAGCAGCGAGGAGGAGGAGUCGGACGACGAGCCCCUGGUGAAGCCCAAGGGCGGCCGGAAGCCGGCGGCGGCGGCUAAGCCGGCUGGCGGAGCCGGGUCCGGGGCUGCACCGCCGGCUAAGAAGGUGGUGGUUAGAGGCAAGGACAAGGCGUUCACGGACGGUGGCCUGGCGGACAGCGACGACGAGGACGACCUGCCGCUCAUGUCACGAGCCAAGAAGUGAAGACGACGCGUUGACAACUCUCCUCCGCUAAGCCGCCCACCAUGGGGAAGGGUUCUAGCUUUAGCUCGUCUCCUAACUGCUUGCGUGGGCGCCUGGCCUAGGAAACAAACGACCUUGAUGACCUUGUAUUGCGCACGCGCCGUGGAGGCGGCGGCAGCCGGCCUGGCGGUUAGGCCGUUUGGGCUUUGACGGUUGAACAAUCUGGACUUAGUAUGACAAGACUGAAACAUGGUAGGACAAGUGCGUCUGAAUCGGCUGAAGUGACUUGUGGAGUGCUUCAUGACUCGGUCAAUGUGGUGACUUGGACGGGUGGUGAUGAGGUGCUGCAUGGCACUCAACGGCCAGCUUUCUAGUUGAGCUUCGGGCGAGAGGAGUGAUUGGGCGUGGUGUGCGAGAGGCUCUGCUUUAUGGAGUUAGCUUUGUUAAGGCGUUUGCCAGGCUGGUGCGGUAGGCACGCGCCACACACAGGCGGCACACAGGUACCGUAGGGGUCGGGGCCGGAGCACGCUGUGACCGUCUGUGCAAAGAGGAAGAAGCGCCGUCAAGUGAAAAUGCACGACUGGAGGAUCGGAAGCCCGGAGAGUCAUGGUGCUGUUGUUGUCUUGGAGCCAUGCAUGUGCCGCGGUACUAAGCUACUAACACGCCCUGCGAAGGUGUGGCUUUGACGAAGACACACGGGUCGUUUGGCGGGCGGGAUGUCUAAGUUGGGCUGUUUAUGAUAACCUGGUCUGCUUGGCGUACCUGCUGUGCACGUGAGCGCAGAACGGUACUUGGAAGGCAGCACGUCGCUUGCAGCCAUGGUACCGGUAUGUCUCCAGCUGUCUCAGCUGUAUCCACGUACACCUGUAGGCCGACAGUUGAUAGGUAGUGCACCUGCCUUACCGCUCUAAGACUAGUGCUGCCACCGUCCGUUGUGGGGCGCAGGGGUUGCCCGCACCCCAGUUUCAUCAAUUGGCCAAUUCCGUAAAGGGGCCUGCCAGACGAUCGCGUAUACGAGACGGGGAAGGCGGCAACCGGAAAACGCCAAUCGUUCACUUUGUGUUGCCUUUUUAUUAGCC